AUGUGUGCAUCAAGACACACACGGUCCUAUACUUUUCAGACUGGCGCACACCCUUCUUCAUUUCCGCCCGGGGUCCCAAGUCUUUUCAGCUGUUCUCGUCCCCUCGUCUGCCCAUCCCUCCCACCUUCGAGUCUCUCCUCGGGUCCUGAGUCCACUUGGGCCCAAAGAUGUCUUCAUGAAGUGUCAUUUUGUUGGAUUUCACACUGCAUGCCUUCGGGAUCACAGUGUGGCGCUCAUUCAGCCUGUGUAUACAAAUCUCGCGUUCGGCUGGCGAGUUUAUGUACCCGAUUGUGUGCAUCCGGAGGGCCAAGUCUUGCCUAUCUGAGGCCGGGCGAGGGCUGUCUCGAGCCUCGGGGUUACAUUCUUUGA